AUGUCUAUCCACACGUCGCUCAGGAAAUCCAAGUCCUCCCAUGGGAACUAUGGCACCCUCGGAGAAACGCCAUCUGCGGAAGAGCCGGCGGUGAAAACCGAUGCCAGCCACAGCACCCUGGCUGCUGGGGAGCUUGCCUCUGAAGAGUCGGCAGCAGGAGGCAUCGGCAGAAUAAUCGGAACAGGCAUAUUCUCCACGCCUUCCUCCAUCACAGACAGUGUCGGUAGUGUUGGUGCCGCGCUGCUGCUGUGGGUGUUUGGCCUGGUGCUGUCGUUCGCCGGCCUGUUCAUCUGGCUGGAGUUGGGAUGCAUGAUCCCCCGUAGCGGCGGAUCCAAGGUUUAUCUCGAAGCCGCCUACAAGCGGCCGAAACUGCUCGCCACUGUUGUCUUCGCCUUCCAAGCUGUAUUACUCGGUUUUACGGCCUCUGGCUGCAUCAUCUUCGCCUCCAAUAUCCUCGUCGCCACCGGCCACACGGCAACAGAGUGGCAGAAGCGCAGCAUUGCCAUUACCGUCAUCACCUUUGUGACUGCCCUCCACACCUUCUGGCCCAAGCUCGGCGUGCGCGGUAUGAACUUUAUCGGACUAAUCAAGAUAUUCACCCUCCUAUUCAUCGUCGUAACCGGCUGGGUCGUGCUAUCCGGCGGCGCACCGCAAAUCUCAGACCCGCACGCCUCAUUUCGGCACGCCUUCACGGGCAGCGCAACUAGCGGAAACCUCUACGCCACGGCGCUCUUCAAAGUCCUCAACUCCUACGCCGGCUGGUCUAACGCGGCCAACGUCCUCAAUGAAGUCCGCAACCCUGUCCGCACGCUCAAGAUCGCCGGCCCCCUUGGUCUCUCGACCUGCGGCGUCCUCUACUUGCUCGCCAACAUCUCAUACUUCGCCGCCGCGACACCCGACGAAAUCGCCCGCAGCGGCGUCACCGUCGCCUCCUUCUUCAUGUCCCGCGUCUUCGGCGCCCUCGCCUCGCGCAUCCUCAGCCUCCUCGUCGCGCUCUCCGCGCUCGGCAACGUCCUCACCGUCACCUUUGCGCAAUCCCGCGUGAACCAAGAGCUCGCCAAAGAAGGCGUGCUGCCCUACACGCGCUUCUGGGCGUCGUCCUGGCCCUUUGGCUCGCCCGGCGCGGGCCUGCUCCUCCACUUCCUCCCCUCCUUCCUCGUCAUCGUCGCCGUGCCAUUCGGCGACGCCUACGCCUUCAUCCUCGACGUCGAGGGCUACCCCGGCUCCGUCAUGAACUUUUUCGUCGUCCUCGCGUUCUUCUGGCUGCGCCGCGCCGCGCCCGACGCCGACCGCCCCUUUCGCUGCUGGUGGCCGGUCGCGGCGUUUUAUCUCGUUGCGCAGGUCUUUUUGCUCGUCGCCCCGUUCCUGAGGCCGCCGGGCGGGAGGGGCGAUACGAGCUUGCCGUAUUGGCUGUAUCCCAUCGUCGGGAUUGCGGUGCUGGCGGGAGGCGUGGUGUAUUGGGCGGUGUGGUGGAAGGUUUUGCCCUGGAAGGGGAAGUACGCGUUGAUGCCGGAGCAUGAGAGACUCGGUGAUGGGACGAGGGUGGUUGUGUAUAAGAAGGUGCGGAAGGAGUAG